AUGAGUUUCCGAACUGCCGCUUUUCUCAUCAGCCUCCUCGGCCUUCAUGCCGGGCUGUCGGCUGCCGCUGGUGGCGCGGAGGGCGAUGCAGGCCGCAUGACGAUCGGCUUUAGGUCCGUGGGCCAGGAAGAGAAAGACCUCCUCACCAAGGCGGGCUCUCUCAUCCAGAGCCGUAACACAGCUGCCACCCACCUUGGACAGGGAGUCUACAUAGGCAAUAGCCCAAUAAAACGUGACGACGAAAGUCUCUUUAUCGUCACCGCUGACGAAGCCGCUUUCAAAGCCACGUCCAAGGUCUGGGUACCCAAGGAAUACUGGACUCUGCCAGUAAAGGAAAAUGACAUUCUAGGGGAGAGAGAGGCUGCAAUCUCCAGGGAUCAGCUAGAGCACUAUAUUGAGGAUCAAGGGCUUCACUCGACUCGUACCAUAAGGCUGUCUAAGAUAGAAGGGGCUGUGUCGGAUGACAUCCUGCAGUUGCUUAUUCCCAACGAGAUGAUUUCUCACGACCAAGACGGAGUUCCCAUCGAAACAGACGGCAAGCUAGAUACCAAGGUUGAAGAACUGACCGGCUCUAUGGCUUGGAACGUCGAUUAUGAUGAAUGGGAGGGAAUACAAGGCAGUAAGGAGUAUACGGAAGACACACUCCGCGCAAGGAUCGCCUCCCUACUCGAAAAGGCAACCAAAGCCGUCACCGAGGCUGAAAAGCUCCUCGAAUCGGAUUCUCCCGCUGCGGCGGAGGCAAUAUCAGAGGCUGUCGCCACUGCAAAGAGAUGCGCCGAAGGGGUUGGCCACUUUCACAGACAUCGCCCCGACUGGGUUGACUUUGACGAGUUCAACACGGUGUAUAAGCAAUAUUCUAAUGCCCGCAAAGCCGAGGCCAAACUCCGCAAGUUGAAGCUAACCAAGGCUGUGGAGGCGCAAAAGAGCAGACUAACCCAGGCGGCGGAAAAGGUAAACGACGACGCAACGCGGGCUUCUGGGAUUGCCGAGGCCGAGCAGGCCGCCGACGAGAGCAACAAACUGCUCAAAACGGCCGCGGAAGAGGUCGGGGGAGCUAAAAUAGCCCAUGAAAAGCUCGAAUCCGUCCGGAAACAGCUGAAUGGCGGAGAUCAAAAGGAAUUCAUAGAGCUCCUGGCAAAGAACCCCCGAGCUGUAUGGGCCACACUCCAGGAGUCCUUCACGAGCAUGAACGGAAAAGAGGCAGCAUCACUUGAUGCCGCUAUAAUAGAUGAGGCAGACAUCACCCAAGCAGAAUACUCCAUCUUUCAGGAGGGCGUCGACGAGGCCAAGGCCAUGGCUGCCGAGAUUGGGGAGAGUGUGAGAGCACUCCAACUAGUCGUUGGAAAUCCCAAAAUCCUCUGCCGGCGGGGCGACGUGAACUGCGUCCACGUCUCAUCAGAGGAGAAUGGCCCGACAGCUGAGAAGCCCGUCAAGGCUGAGCCGGCCGACGAGGGCGAGCUAAUUGCGAUAGCCCAGCAGAGAUCCAAAGAGAGCUUCGACAAUCUCCUGACGGAUUUCAACUAUAAAAGCGUGGUAAAGCAUGACCAGCUAUAUAAGGAGCUGAAUGAUCGACUACCAGAGUUUAAUACCGUGUCCCGGACUGAGAGAAUCGCUGGCUUAUCCGCCAAGCUUGGAGAGGGUGCGCUGGCUGUUGCCGGACUCGCACUCUACGGCAAAGCCGUGGCGGAUGUGUUCUCAAGCGACGCCAGCGUCUUGGACAAGGCCGCGGUAGUGACGUCCAUUUUGCCCGGCGUCGGCUGCGCCGUACAGCUUGCCGAUAGUGUGGAACACGGAAACGUUGACGUCGGCCAUACCGCCUUGUGCUUUACCGAAGAUGCCCUGCUGGUUUCUGGGUUCUGGGAAAUCGCGCUGGUAAUGCAGCUAACAGAGUCGCUUGUCAACUGGAUAGAGGCGGGAAACGAACAAGACAAGCUGUUCAAUACGGAAGUGCUUAGGAGCAAGGGGCUGGCCGGCUGGGAGGCAAACUUUGACAGGAUGCUCCAGUACAUUGGAUCGGAUGAGUUUGCUGCAAACACUACGACUCGAUUCUCGUCAUACCAGAUCCUCGUUUUAUACCAGGCGUCGCAGCUGACGGGCGACUUGCACGCUUCCCAUAAAGCCAUCUCAGGGAAAUCCAGUAACGAGACCGACGAGAUAGUGCCGCACAUUGAGCCCGAACUUCGACGCCAAGUCUGCGCGGCCAUGGCGCAAAGCAAGUAUCAGCUCCGGCAGAAUCUCGAGGCCGUAGCACUGCAUCAUGCGGCGAAAUUCUCAGAGGAGUAUAAAGACAAAUUUCUGAAGGACUACCGCGAAGCUGCCACCAAGGCUAUUCCCUUUCUUGGCAUACCAAUCUCCUUUGGGAGCGGAAAUCUCGACGAGGUUCUCGAGGACGUCAGAAGAUAUCCUCUGCCUUUGCACGAAGAAAGGAUUAAGAAAGCUAUUAAAGAGGUGGUUGAGCGGCUGGACACUCCGGCACCCUGCAAGUGUCUGCAGGGCAGCAAACAGCGCCCCUGCGAGUUCGCAGACUGCAACACCCCAAAACCCCCUCGAGGAAGAUUGGAUGCGGCAGGGAGAACUUACGUGACUAACGUGCAGUCUAUUGAGCAUGGCAAGAGGAUAGGCCUAUGGGACGAUUGCUUGGCCCUCUUCACAACAUGCCCCUAUCCUGGCUCGACAGGCGAGAUUGGUAGACAAAUAUGGUGUACGCCCAGGUCUUGA